AUGACUGCGGCCGGCUCCUCUGCCAACGAUGCGUUGCAUCACCUCUACGACCAGACGUCGGCCAUGCUUGGCUUUGGGCAGCAGCAGCAGCAGCAGGAGGGUGCCGCACAAGGCGAGCAAGGAGGCGAGUCGCAGGACCAAAAGGACAUAGAUGGACCGGGCAACCACCCUCAGGAUGAGAGCAACCCGAUGCAUGGGUCAGACAUGAAGGCCUCCGAGGACGAGACGAGGGGGGAGCAGACCCAGAAGGCGGGCUACGAAGAGGCGUCCAAGCCGGGCCAGCGCACGACACAGUCUGGACGACAGGCCGAUGCCCUGGAGCGAGCCAUGGGCGAGGAAGGGCCUGUGGGGCAGCAGCUGGGUGCGCAACUCGAUCGCGAGCUCAAAGACGACUUGUAUGCGCGUCAGAGAAACGAAGGUCAUGAGCCGAAGCUGCAAGAAUCGACAAAGGUGGCCGCUGGCGCCGCCGUCGGUGAGCCACUGCAGAGCGACCGUAACCGUGCAGAAGACGCAAAGGAGCAGCGCCUGAAGGAGGAAAAACAAGAGAAGGCGGAAGACGACUCCGACACGGCAUCUAUGCGAGAAGAGAACGAAAAGGAUCAGCCGUCGCCCGCAACGCAGCAGCACCCACACCAAAAGGGACCCGAGUGGGCCUCAAGGCCCGACGAUGCGCAGCGACGCAAGCUCAAAGAGGCUGCCGCAGAGCGAAAGAGGCAGGACUCGGGCAGGGAGAGCACCUGGAGGCGCCUCAAAAAGGGGCUCAAGCCGCAGGACGGCGCAGGCGAAGGGGGAGAAGGCGGCGAAGGAGCAGACCAAGACAGGGCGCAGGGACCACUGGACAUUCGAGGCAUCGACCUGCUGCGCGACCCAAAGGAGAACGAAGAAAGGGCGAGGCAGCAGGCCGAAUCGGGGCAGAGCAACGAAGACCAAGCACCACCCCCGCCGCCAAAGUCGGGUGCAUCGAACAACCUGGGCCAGCUCUUUGUGCCGACGCCCAAGACACCGAGGACGCCAAGCGGCGCAUCGCCCUCGCAGCCGAGCCCGUCUUCACGGCGCUUCAGCUGGCGCGGACAGCCUUCGCCCUCGGCGACCCAGGAUGGCCAAGAGUCGCCGGCCGAGAGCCCCACGCAGGCCAAGAUGACGCGCAUCAGCAAGCUCAUGAUGGGCUCCCAGUCCCGUUCGUCGUCGACGAUGGCCAAUGGCACCUCGUCUACGAUGCCUGCCACGGCACGUGACGACAACGAGGCCGGAGACCAGGACGACGGCACCAUCAGAGGCGUCGACGGCAUGACCCACCAUCCAACGGGCGGCGCUGCAGCCCGCUGGGGCGUGCUGAGGCAGCGUCUCAAGGAGAAUCGGGCAAAGAGGUCCAAGACUGGCGACACAAAGAGCCGUGUCGUAGGCCAGAUGAGCGUCGUGACGGAGCUGCAGUCGGGCAUCCUCCCCGUCUUCCUCCUCAAGAUGAGUCUGGAGCGCGACGAGGCAGGCCACCGUCGCAUCCCCGUCCUCCUCAAUCACGUUCGCCUCAAGAUCACCGACAGCAUCAACAUCUUCCACAACACCCAUGCCAUCUUUCGCAUCGAGCUCGAGUACGGCGAUGGCCUGGUCCGCUGGGUCUGCUACCGUUCCCUGCGCGACUUUAUCAAUCUGCACACCCACUACCGCGCCGCCGCUCUCCGCGGCUACCUUGGCCGGCCCGUGGGCGCCGGCGAGGGCGACGUGGGCCUACCGUCUUUCCCCAAGACGAGUCUGCCCUACUUCAACCAGCUCAAGCAGCAGGGCUGGACAAAGAACAGCGAGAAUGUAAAGGCCGACUUUGCAAAGGCUCAGCGCGACGCCCUCGAAGACUACAUCAUCGAGCUUAUCAAGCGCACCAUGUUCCGUCCCGAGGCCAACCGGCUGUGCAAGUUCUUUGAGAUCAGCGCCCUGGGCAUCUCGCUCUCGACCCGGGGAGGCUACCAGGGGAAGCAGGGCUACCUGCGCAUCCUCUCUCGCUCCUCGCGCAAGGAUGCCCAGCGCGGCAUCUUGACGCCCGUCAGCUGGGCAAAGAGCCACGAGCCCAAGUGGUUCAUCGUCAGAGAGUCGUACAUUGCCAUCGUCGACGAGCCCGACACGCUCCAGGUCCACGAUGUCUUUUUGAUCGAUGGCAGCUUCGAGAUCGAACGGCCAAAGAGACUCUACAAGCAGACCAUCCACCUCGCCCAUGAGCUGGGGCAUGGCAGCGGCGCAAAGGAGCGAGGCUCGAGCGAAGAUGUUGAGGGAGAAGGAUCUGGGAAGAACCGAUCGCAAGAGGGUGACGAAGGCGGAGAAGAUACGCCCCAGACUGGUACGACGGCAAGGACCAUGCAGGAAGCUUCCGAGGCAGACAGCCCCAAGACGCGGGCUCAGAAGCAGACGGAGCAUCGUCGGAAUGCCAGUGCACCAGCUGGUAAAUCCAACGACAAGACAGCCCUCUUGACCGAGGGACAGUUCAACACGGAAAAGAUUCGAGGCAAAAAGUCGGGCAAGAGCAAAGUAGCUGCAUUCGAGCAGGAAGAGGGAGAAAGCACAGACGAUGACGAUGUCUUCGAGGGCCAGUCGGGCAACAGGAAGAGAUCGAAAGACGAUCCAAACGCAAACGUCUCGUCGCACACCUUCUACAUCCGCAACGCCGAGCGAAAGCUCAAGCUCGUCGCGCGCAACGAGAGGCAGAUGGACCAGUUCAUCGCCAGCAUGGACCGGGUGGCCAGGCGCAACAUCUUCAGCCGCCCCAAUCGCUUCGGCUCCUUUGCACCCAUUCGUCUCAACUGCAAUGCCCAAUGGCUCGUCGAUGGUCGCGAUUACUUUUGGCAGGUCAGCCGUGCGCUGCUCAGGGCAAAGGACCGCAUCUUCAUCCACGACUGGUGGCUCUCGCCCGAGCUGUACCUUCGCAGACCCGGCCAUCCAAAGUACAGGCUCGACAACAUUCUCAAAAAGAAGGCAGAGGAGGGCGUCAAGAUCUUUGUCAUCAUCUACAACGAGGUGUCGAACAACUUUACGCCCACCGACUCCAACUACACCAAGCAGCGCCUCAUCGGCCUCCACCGCAACAUCUACGUCCAGCGCAGCCCUUCGCACUUCCAGACAGGUACCUUCUACUGGGCGCACCACGAAAAGCUGUGUGUAGUCGACGAGACCAUCGCCUUCAUGGGCGGCCUCGAUCUCUGCUUUGGCAGAUGGGACACGUCGACCCACAUGCUCACCGACAACACGCACCCAAGCCUGAUCCCCGGGCAAUCAAAUGCCUCUGCCGACGGUCUCUCGGAAGAUGGACCAGCGCCCGCGGCUGACCCGGCUCUGCUGGGCCCAGGCGCGAACGGCAAGGAGUUCUACGUGUGGCCAGGCCAAGACUUUGCCAACGAGCGAGUCAUUGAGUGGCACGAUCUCACCAAGCCCCAGGAUGACCUCUUCGAAAGGCAUCGGCACCCGCGCAUGCCCUGGCAUGACGUCGCUCUCCAGCUCAUUGGGCAGCCGGCAAGGGACCUGUGUCGACACUUUACGCAGCGAUGGAAUUUCCUCCUCCGAAUCAAGAACCACAAGCGCCUGAUGCCGUUCCUCGUCCCGCCGCCCGACUUUCAGCCGUCUGAGCUCAAGAAGUUCGACUUGACAGGCACCUGUGAGGCUCAGAUCUGCCGGAGCGCAGGGCCAUGGAGUCUCGGCACGGCGAGCACGGUGGAACACUCGAUUCAAAACGCAUACCUCAAGGCGAUCCAGAUGAGCGAGCACUUUGUCUACAUCGAGAACCAGUUCUUUGUCACAAGCACCGAGACGAGGGGCACCGUCAUUGAGAAUCAGAUUGGCGAGGCCCUCGUCAGCCGCAUCAUCCGCGCCCACCGCGAGCAGACACCGUGGCGAGCCGUCAUCAUCAUUCCUCUGAUCCCUGGCUUCCCGAUGCCCAUCGAUCAUCCCGAUGCCUCGUCGGUCCGGCUCAUCGUCGAGCUGCAGUACCGGUCCAUCUGCACGGGUGAGCACAGCAUCUUUGGAAAGCUUCGCCGCGAGGGAAUCGAUCCGGACAACUACAUCACCUUUUUCUCACUGCGCCAGUGGGGCCGUCUGCCCGGUGGUCAGCUGACGACCGAGCAGGUGUACAUCCACGCCAAGGCCAUGAUCGUCGACGACCGGCUGGCCCUCAUCGGCUCGGCCAACAUCAACGAGCGGUCGCAACGCGGCGAUCGCGACUCCGAGUUGGCAUGCGUCGUCAGGGACACGGACCUCGUCGAUGGCACCAUGGCUGGCAAGCCCUUCAAGGUCGGUCGUUUUGCCCACUCGCUUCGCGUUCGACUCAUGCGCGAGCACCUGGGUGUCGACGUCGAUGAGAUCGACGCUGCAGCCAUCGAGGAGCAAGACCGGCGUCCGUCGCGGAUGCUGGACGAAGACGACCACUGGGACCCCGCCAACGAGCAGGGCAAGGACGGCGAUCCGAGCGUGGGGACGACGCAGGUGCAUCCACGCAAGCAGUUUGGCAACCUCGGCCGGACCGUGGCCGAAUUUGUCGGACCGGUGGGCUCGGGUGCGAGACGGGAGGCAAAGGAGGAGCUGUCGGGUGUCGCUUCGAGGAUGAAGGAGCAAGAGAACGCGCAGCUGGCAAAGGACGACAAGCAGCAACAGCACCCGAUGCACCGGCACGGUGCUGGCGAGUCCGUCGAGCAGCCCAUCCCCGAGAGGAUCGAGCGCAUCGUCGAGACGCACCAUGCGAGACCAGGCAAGGGCUCCGAGAACACCGUCGUACCUACGGUCGAGGAGCGCAUCAUCGUCGACGACCCGACGCUGGCGCCGGGCGCAGGCGACGGUGCAUCGACGCCUUCACAUGCAAAGAGCAAGAGUGGCGAAGACCUCAAGCGGGCCAUGUCUAGCAAGAUGUCCAUCAACCCGUGGGCGCCGCCCGCCACCACGCCCGAGAUUGACGCCGACAUGUUCGAAGACCCGCUCGACGACCGCUUCUUCAAGGACAUGUGGCUGGCAUCGGCCGUGCACAACACGCAGAUUUUCCGAAAGGUGUUCAAGUGCGUGCCCGAUGACACGGUCACGACGUGGGCAGAGUACAAGGCCUUUAAUGCAUGGGCCGACCGGCUGUCCCGCUCGAGUGGCCUGGCUCCCACGGCAUCGACCACGGCGGCGGCGGCGGCGGCGGCGGCGGCGCCAACAGCAAACGGGACCAAGAACUCGAAGCCCAACAGCCCGCAGAUCAAGCCUCAGACCUCGCACGUCAACGGGACAAGUGGAGCGACCGGCCACGAGGAAGAGAAUCACGACAGCGGCUACUCUUCGGGCGCAGGCCUGGCCUCGGCGGAGACGGGCCACUCCAAGGGCUUGGAGGGCGCUUCGUCGAGCCAGUCGCACCGUGGAAGCCCUGCAGCGCACGAGAAACACCUCCCGACGACGAGUCCGCCUGCCAACGCCUUUCCAAAGCACAUUCCCAAGCCCGACGACGGCUUCACCAAGAGGGAGCUCGAGCAGAUGGAGGCCCUGCUCGAAGAGACGAGGGGCACCCUCGUGCUCUUCUCGACGCGCUUCCUCGAGGCAGAGGACCGUUCAGACAACCUCUUGUUCCCCAUGGACAAGAUCAACCCGCUCAACGAGCUGCCCCACCUGCUUGAGCCGGACGCGCGUCACUUGCCAGUAGCAGAGGUGGUCCUGCUGCUUCUGCUCCUUGGUGGGACCCGCGAGUGGUUGGCCUUGUUCGACAUCGAGGCCCUUUGCGGCCCAGCGCCGCUGGCGGACGCGCAUGCCGACGCCCGACGCAGGCAGCGAGGCGAGGUGCUGGUAGAGCGUCUUGGAGGGCGCCAGCGCCGUGAGCGAGGAGCGCUUGACGUGGCCUCCCGGAGCAGCGUCGCCGUCGGUCGCAGCAUCGUUUUCGUCGUCUUCGUCGUCGAUGCUAUCGGCAAGCAAUGGAAAGUACCCAUGCAAUCCGCCAAGCAUCCGGCGCCACCGGCAACAGUCGACAUGGAUGAGCGAAGCAAGAAGAGGAUGAAGCGGGCGCACGAGGAAGAGGGAGAGCUGCAACAGCAAGCUAGCGAAGGGGGAGAUGCUCCGAGACCGACUCUGGGCGGCGUUGUCGAGCAACAAGGGUCCAAUGCCGGUGGGCUAGACCUGCCGGGUGCGGUUGGAAAUGCCUCCCGACAGAAUCAUCAGCAGCCGCCUGUCAUUGGCGGGGGUCAUCGCGCCUCGCUUCCCCAACUCGCUCUGCCCGGAGGCCAGUCGCCGCGCCCGAUGGGUCCCCCAUCGUCGUCGGUGUCGUCAGGGAAUCCGAAUAUGAACAACAAUGCAUUCAGACCGUCACCGGGUGCUACAGCAGGGCCUUCGAUGCGGCCUUCCAACCCGGCGACACCACAGGGCCAGCUGCCAGUGCAAGGCUCGACUCCGACUUCAUUUUCAAGACAGUCGAUGAGUGGGCCAGCGACGCCUGCCGGAUCAUCGGGCUUCAGAACGCCCGUCACGGGACCGCAGACGCCCGUCGGUCCCGGGCAGCCGCUGCCGCCUCCGAGCUCUGUCAGAGAGGGCAAAGCAAAGGAUCCUUUUGGAGGGGGAAGUAGCGGCGGUGGUGGGGGAGGGGGAGGAGCAGGUGUCGACUCGUUGCAGGAUCUCAUGGGCAUGACUGGUGUCGAUCUUAGGGCCGAGGAAGAAGCCAUCCAAAAACGAGGCUCGCUUGCUCAGUCGUCAGUAGCGACAGCCGCUGUUGCGCAUGGCCACGGACAGGCCAUGACACAACGGGCGAAUGUGCCCAGGUCGCUGCCGUUCUACCUCGAGAUCUUUCCUCUGUCGCAUCACAUCCACAAGAUUGCGGCAAGAUACGGGUUAGGGGUAGAGCCCGAGGUAUUGACGUACAUCUCCAUCGCGACGAGGGUGCGGUUCCGCAACUUGCUCGAGUCGAUGGUCACCGCUUCAAGACAUCGCAACUGGUCAUCGCAUCUCAGACCACCGCCGAUGUACGAGGGCGAGGAGGCAGGAAGCGACUCGAGCCGGCCAAUGUAUGACGAGGAGAUUCACGAUGAUCCGUCCAAGCUUCUGGCUGCGCUGGCGAAAGUGGAAAAGGCCGAAGAAGCGCGGGCAAGACUGGCGCGGCAAGAGAGGGAGGAGAGAAAGGCGGCGAGGAUGGAGGGCGCAGAGGGGGAUGGGCCAAGCGCUGGCGAGGAAGGAGCAAGAGACGGGGCAGCAGAGGGCAGCGCCGGGGGCGGCGGCGAGGGUGGGGAAGAGGGAGGCAAGAAAAAGGGAGCAAAGAAGCCCGGUGUGGCAGCCACUGCUCGCAACAUGACGGAGGACAAGCGGCUGAAGCUGGCCAACAAGACGGCAGCGGCGGCGCUUGGCUUUGGAAACACGGGCAAGGCAUGGAUGUUUGGGGGUGCCUCGGCAUCCUCGUCGCCAUCGCCGGCGGCAUCGAGCGGCAAGCUGAAUGGGAGCGCAGGGGGCAAGGCUCUGCCGAAGCCGAGAUUCGCACCGGCGCCCGAUCAGCAGGCGUCCUCCUCCUCGUCCUGGAGCUCCUCCAAGCUCGCGCCAGGCUCCACUAGCUCAGGGUCAAGCUUUGCCAACCCUGGUGGAUGGGGCGACUUGGCGGCUCGACAGCGAGCACAGGAGGAAAGAGAGCGCCAGGCUCGCGUUCGCGUCACUCUCGACGAUGCCCUGUACGCCCUCGAGAUGGAGCGGGCAGGCGGGGCGGGCAGGGGAAGCGGCGAGUCGGUCCUCUACAAGACGAGGGCGCUGGGCAGUCGAGCGUUUCCUCCGCCAAAAAAUCCGCCGCCCUCUUGA